AUGUCGGUCAUAAACGAGCCAGUGUUAAACAUAAUUGUGGUGGGGUUUCAUCAUAAGAAAGGAUGCCAAGUGGAACAUUGCUAUCCAGAAUUAGUGCCAGGACACCCCACGGAGCUACCAGCAGUAUGGCGACAUUUGCCUGCACUGGCACUGCCAGAUGGCUCACACAAUUAUUUGUCAGACACGAUAUUCUUCAACUUACCGGCAUUAAGUGAACCUGCACACACUGUGUAUGGUGUAUCAUGUUUCAGACAAAUCCCAGUAGAGCAAGUAGUUCAGAAGACGGAAGAUAUGACACGUAGCUCAGUACAGAAAAGUGUAUGUGUUGUGUGUCGUGCCCCUCUGUUUGGUCGUCUGGCAGUUAAGUUGGAGUUGGUGGUACGGGCAUGGUUUCUACAAGGAAAUUUUUCACAAACAAAAUUACUUGAAGAUGCUUACAAUCAUCUGAAUAGUUGUCCUGUACAAUUGGAUCAAAUUUUUGAAGGUUUACCGGUGCAAAGAUUAGUAGAAAAUUGGAGGCACAAAGCAUUGCUGCUGUUUAAGCUGAUGUUGUUAAGGCGAAAGGUCCUUGUAUAUGGUGCUCCGGCUGGACCUCUAUCAACAUCUUUAUUGACACUGGUAUCAUUGUUACCACAUUGUUUAGAAACUGGUCUUGAGCACGCUGCUAAUGUUGUACUCUCUAGGCCAUUGUCGCCAGUUCCAUCAGUAAUAAAUGAUAAUAGAAACCAGGAUACUGAUACCAUUGCGGAAAUAGCAGAAGAAACCCUAGGCAGCAUACAAAAUGGUACAAAUCAAAUAGAGGAACUAUCUCCAAAAGAAACUGGGAAUCUGUUAGAAGAGAAAGAUCGUGUUAGUCGGCAGAGCUUCGAUGACACCCUGCUCACUGAUGGUGUGGAUAGACAAGAGCUAUCAGGUGCUAGGGAAAAAUGUCAUAGUAUUGGAGAAAAGUGUAAAACUCAAAAAGGCUUAUCAGAAGCACAGCAGAGCCCAACUAUGGCCAGAGAUAUGAGUGUUGAUGGUUUAUAUAAUCUAACUGGACAGAUAGAUCAAGCAGAAUGUGGUCUACCACUUCCUUUAUUUGAAGAAGGUUAUCUUUGCUUACCAUACUUAUCAUUACAAUAUCUUGAUCUGUUAUCUGACCCUGCUGUGCAGGGAUUUCUUGUUGGCGCUUCUAAUGUUCUCUUUAAACAGAAGAGACAGUUAUUCGAUGUUUUAGUAGAACUGAAUGAAAUGAGGAUAGAGACAGCUGAUAUGGUAUUGAGAAGGCAAUUAACCCUUGGGACAGAGGAUCUUCGAUUUGCUGAUCAUGUAGUGCGUCACGGUCCAACUCAAGGCGACGUUUGGAUAAGAGAUCAGUUUGCAAGUUACUUAAUUUAUCUUUUAAGGACAUCUCUUUUACCAGAGGGUAGCCGCGAGAUAGAUUCCUACAAUGCUCAAUUUAUGGCAGCUUUUAAAUCAACACCUGCAUACCAACACUGGCAACAGGCAACAAAUAAUGGAGAAAUAGAAGCAUUUAUGAAUCUUAUGCCAAUGCAUCCCUUCUCUGGUCAGCUUUCAGUGGCUGACAUGAAGCUUAAAUUUGCUCACACAAUGUCGACGACGGAAGGCGGGCGCAAGGUGACGGCGGCGGUGGCCAGCACGGGCCGCGCCGUGGCCACGACGUCGCGCGCCGUGGGCGGGGCGCUGACGCAGGCGCGCGGCGCGCUGUCGGGCUGGUGGAGCGCGCUCACCACGCCCGCCGCGCACGCCUCCAACGCGUCCGAGACCUCCUCCGUGAGCGACGACAAACCUCUCUCCGACGCCGAGGACGCCGUGGACCACAUCGACGACGACAACAGGAAAGAGCAGCGCGCCGGUACACCCGAGCCGCCCGACAAAUCGUUCGAUGACGAUACCGUUAACCUUAGUAAAAUACAUGUAAUUUAG